AUGGCCAUCCCCGUUUUCUCCAUGUCGUGUUUUAAAUUACCCAGGGGUCUGUGCCAGGCCAUCAAUUCCAUGCUCCGGAGCUUCUGGUGGGGGAGUAAAGAUGGAAAACGGAAGACUUGUUGGGUUUCAUGGGAAACAAUGUGCUCUCCAAAGUUCAAUGGGGGCAUGGGCUUCCGGGACAUCGAGCUUUUCAACAUUGCUAUGCUGUCCCGCCAAGCCUGGCGUAUACUCCAGAAUCCGGAGGCUCUUAGUUCUCGAAUUUUGAAGGCUACUUACUACCCAGCCACGGAUUUCCUAGAUGCUCCUCUAGGUUCGCAUCCCUCCCAGGUUUGGAGGGCGAUCGCCGAAGGGCGAGAUGCAAUGAAGCAGGGCCUGAUCCGGCAAAUUGGGACGGGCGAGGGCACUCACGCCUGGAACCAAAACUGGCUGCCCCGAGAUCAUAUGCUACGCCCUUUGGCGUGUCUGAAUGUUGACCCGCCUAUGCGGGUGUCGGAUUUCAUUGAUGCCACGAUGGCGAAGUGGAGCACUGAACUUCUAUCCGAGUGGUUUAUACCGAUGGACGUCGAGGUGAUCCGAUCUAUCCCUCUGAGCACUCGUUCCAUGGAAGAUAGGUGGGCCUGGCACUAUGACAAGAACGGAGUUCUCACUGUCCGGUCCAUGUACAGGCUUCUGGUUCAGACUAAGAGGCACCGAGAAGAUUGGCUGGAGGGCCGGUCGGCCCCUUCUGAUUCUGUGGGAGAAAGCAAGGCUUGGCGCAGAUUAUGGGCUGCAAAAGUUACGCCGAAGAUCCACGUCUUCCUGUGA